AGCCGUUGAAGGCUGCGGGUUUUGAGGGGUGGGGUGAAGUAGGCGAAGGGGGAGGCAGGAUGGUGCCCUGAGCAGAUAGAGGAGGAGCUGAACAAAUAGAGAGCAGAGAAAGAAACAUGCUGCAACUUUCUUACACCUUUUAAGCAACACAAAAAUGCAUCCAGUCCCUGAAGAGCAUGGGUCAGGAGAGGCUGUUGCAGAGGAGGGAACUGAGCAAGAAAUGAAUGACUGUGGACAUGCAAACAUCCUGCCCAGCAAUGAGGACAACUUGAUAAAAGCAGAAUCGCAGCUGCCAGAAGGAGAACACAAGACUAGAAAGGAAGUUGUGGAUGAUGUAAACCAGGAAGAAAUUAUUAGGAAAGAUUAUGGCACUGGAGAACCAGCACAAGAGAAAAGAGGCAAUUCAGUGACUGACGCACCACAGCAUAAAGAGAAAUUAAGUGGUGAUUAUAAACUAGCAGCUGACUCAUCCAGCGAAAAAUCAGAGCUGAAACAAGGUGGAAUGAGAAUGACCAAAAAGCUACUGAGGGAUCUCUGCAAAGAGCAUAAGUUAUACAUGACCCCAUGCCUGAACGACACCCUCUAUCUCCACUACAAAGGAUUCGACCGUCUGGAGAAUCUGGAGGAAUAUAUCGGAUUGAAGUGCCUAUGGCUGGAAUGUAAUGGCCUGACAAAGAUUGAGAACUUGGAUGCACAGACCGAGUUGCGUUGCCUUUAUCUGCAGCUCAAUUUGAUUCAUAAAAUGGAGAACCUCGAGCCCAUGCAAAAGCUGGAUUCACUCAACCUCAGCAACAAUUACGUCAAGACCAUUGAAAACCUCUCUUGUUUGAAAGUUCUACACACUCUGCAGAUUGCUCACAACAAGUUGCAAACAGUCGAAGACAUAGAACACUUGCAAGAAUGCCCAAGCAUCAGUGUCCUCGACCUUUCGUACAACAAGCUAGAUGAUCCAAAUAUUUUAAAUGUCCUGGAGACCAUGCCUGAUCUGCGUGUAUUAAACUUGAUGGGAAAUGAAGUAAUUAAGAAAAUAGCUAAUUAUAGAAGAACACUUACCAUCCGAUUGAAGCAUCUGACGUAUUUGGAUGAUAGGCCAGUUUUUCCAAAGGACAGGGCCUGUGCAGAAGCCUGGGCGAAGGGUGGCCAUGAAGCUGAGAAAAAUGAAAGGGAACUGUGGGAAGCCAAAGACCGAAAGAAGAUCCAAGACAGCAUUGAUGCACUCAGUGCAAUCCGUCGGAGAGCGGAAGAGAAGAAAAAACAACGGGUGAUGGAAGAAAGAGGUGAAACAUUGACCAGCAACCCAGAAGGGGAAAUCCCAUCGUCAAGCAAUAGCACUGCGACAGAAAAUGUUAUAGAGGCAUCAUGCAAUUCUGAAGAAUUAGAAACAAAGCAGAAGAUCGAGACAUUUGUAGAUGAAACUAUGCAGGCCUACGAAGAGUUUCUGGUUACAGGAGCAAGCUUAAGAGACCAGCUUGAUCAUUCAGAAAACAUUAAACCGUAUAAUACUCAGCCACUGACACAAGAACCACCUUUGGACUCUUGCUCGAACAUCGGACCUGUUGAAGAAGAGGUGCCAGUAGUUCAGAUAGCUGUACCAGGACCACGGCUUACUGACCUGGAUGAAUCUGCAGAGAUUGAACAGAUUAAGCUGGAUGCAUCAGAGAAGAUGUUCCUUGAUGAACUGCCUGAUUUGGAGGAUGUGGAUAUCAGUGAAGCCUCACCGUGCAACGAGAUCUUCACCAUCCAGCAAAUCUGCCCUCCAAAGAUUGAAGUAAUUUUUGAAGCAAGCGAUAGUAGGGACUGCAUAAUGGAAGAAGGCAAGCCAGCUGCUUCAGGCAACACCGCAGCAGAGGAAAUUCCAGCUGCCAUCUUUUCAAGCAUAUAUAAAGUACCUGAGAACAGUUCAAAGGAAGCUGUAAAGCCCCUAAUAGAAGACUUACUAAAAGAGGAAAGCUUGGAAUCUGAAACACAACCAGCAAAACCUUGGAAGCCCUUGAUUGAAGAGAUUUUUCCCGAGUCUUUGGAUUCGUCACUGAAGCCAUCAGAAGAACCAGUUGAAACAACAGAACCAAAUCCAGACGGAGCGGGAAGUGGAGAAAGCCAAGCUAUGUUCCCAAGCCCAGGGAAUGUCUCUGAAGCAGCUACUGAACCAUGCUUACCAAAAGAUGCACAUACCUGUUGCAUACCAGGAAAUAACAGUGAAGUCACAGAGUGUGGGUUGGACUGAACGCCGAAGAAAACUCAGCCCAGGCUCCUGUAUUUGUUCUUUAGCCUUAUAAGGGGGUACAUUAUCAGCAAAAAUAUGUUGAGUGGCAUAAGUCACACAGGCUCUGCCUUUAAUCACGGCAUCGUGAUGUCACACGGCUGAGAUAGCAAGACAGAUAGUGCCAUAGUGCAUAUAGAGGCCAAGAUCCUUUAGAUUUUGAUUUUAUCCUAAGCCUCAAAAGCUCUUCUGUAACAAGUGACUUGAAGGCUUCCGAGCCACCAUUCAAAGUAUUGAUUUAGUUCUUGGCUAGUUUCUUACUGCUUUGUAGAAACACGAGUGUCCAUAUUGGCACGAUCCAGGAAAAAUGAAAUACAUUUAAGGCAAUAAGAAAGUUGAACACUCUCCCAUUGCAAUCUAUGGAAAUUAAAAUGUGCUUCACUUUGCUUGAUCGUGCCCUGUGUUUGUAGAAUUAUUGCCAUUAGUUGUUUAUUUCAGUAAUUUAUUUGUCUUUAUUUGUAAUUCAUUCUAAGUAAAACAUUUUCAUCCUCAA